AUGUCAGCUGAUGUCCAUAUGUGGAUGGACGGAUCUAAAAAAUUUUUGGCUAAAAAACUUUUUUCGGCGAUAUACCGUUUUAAUACUCUUUCAAAAAUGUACGUCUGCUGUCUUAUAGUAUGCAAUCACCCACAUCAACCAUUAGUUAAACACGUUUCUUCAGCCCUCACCGAUGUUGAAAUGUGCUUGAAUGAAUAUUUCAACGUAACUACAGCAUUACAUGCUCAUUAUAUGCUGUUUCACUAUCAGGAGUUGAAAUUGCUUUUUUUUUAUAUUUCCAAAAAUAUUUUUACUGGAAAUGCGGAGUGUGAUCAGGACAUGAAAUAA